AUGGUAGAUGCUGAAACGGUUGUACAUACUUUUACGGUGAUCACGCAAGUGCUCAUGUUGUACGUCCUCUUUUUGUCAUUCUAUUUCAACAGGAAGCUCAACCAAACCUCAUUGAUUCAUCCAAACCUCAAGAUAAUCUUGGUGAGCUGGCAAAACUUAUUUUUACUUCUAUUUCCAUAAUUUUCAUGGCCAACUAACUUUAAUUUUUAGCGUAAUAUCGGCAUCAUCUUCCCGAUCAUUAACAUCGCCAGGUUUAUUUCAUAUGGCUGGGCAAUCAUCAUGGACAAGGAAUUAUUACCACCCAUCCAGGCCAAUGUCAUCUGCCUGUUGCCUCGUUUCGUUGAGGAAGUCGGCCUCGGAUGUUGUGCAACGUUGAUUUCUCAGAUCACAAUUGAAAGGACAAUUGCCACAUUAAAACGAAAAACUUAUGAGCGUCACGGUGUUAAACUUGGCUGGAUGAUAACGGGCCAAACGGUGAGUUAUUUUUACGAAAACGUGUGUUUACUACAUCUUUCACAUAAGAGUAGGCAAUUAAAUAAAACCGGAACAAAGUGUUUGCAUACUGUCAAUGAGGUAAUGGGACUUUUGGGAAUGCGCUUGAGGCAAUUAAUGGUGCAAAAAGGCAUAAAUACAAGUUUAGAGAUCCUGUUUUUCGGUCGCCACUGCAGUGUGGAUUUACGGUAGGGCAAUCGGAAACUUUUGAGAUCAAAUGAAGAAUGUUGCAAGCAAUUUCAAAUUUCAAAAUUUCUGGAGACUUUUCCAAACGGCACUAACAGAAGAGGUCGAUCUCAAGCUGGACUUGACAGGUAAAACUUGACACAACUGGGGUUUUUUCCUUCAAGACACGAUUUCUAAUCCGUUUGCCGAAACUUACAAAGGCUAGGGAAAAACUCGUUGCCUGUUUUUUUUCUUGAAACAUAUAUAUAUUGUAUACCAUUUGAAAGAACGUAAAACACUGGUCUAGAAGCGACUUUUAUUAGCUGCUAUUAUUCAUCUUGGGUGGUUGAAACUUUCGAAGGCUUUCAAGUUUUUACUAGGGAUCCCGCUAACGGAAAGUACGUAAAAAUUGAGUCUGAAAACAUCUUACAUGUUUUGAACGUCUUCGUUGGCCUUCGCUGUUUCGAAUGGUAUGUGUUUCAAGAUAGAACCAGAAGACGAGGUUUUGCCGAGCCCUUGUUAGGCAAACGGGUAGAGAUGUCCAAAAACGCAGCGUUUUUCAACAAAAAUACCAUAAAGUGAACGUAGUGUGUUAUAUUAUAAUGUUUUUUUUCAAUUUCAGUUUAUGUCAGCAGUCCUAUUCUCGAUAGCACCCAUAGUGUACGAUAUUUUCAUCGGUGGCGCGUUUGAUUUACGGAAAAAGUACAUUGGCUGUCGACUCGAUCAAUUCCAUGUGUUCAUGUAUCUGAUGAUCUUCGUUUGUGCGUUUGGCUGUUCGGUAAUGUCGUUCGUGGUAAGUUUAUUGCCAGACAGAGAGGGCACUGUUCAACGAGAGUUGUGUUGAAAUGUCGAAAUUCUUUUUUAUUACUACGAACAAAGUAUACGUCGAGUACGUAUUUGAGUUCACAGAACGGCCCUUUAAAAUUAGCUCUCUCAAGAUAUAAUCUUUCAACAUAGCACUUUAAUAUUUUUAUAAUCCAAUUGUUGCCACUUCCUUUCCUUUUCUAGACCCUCACACUCGUCUAUCUCUACUGUAAGAGGCAAUUAGUGCAGAUGCGGGAGAUGAAAUUGUCGACCAGAUAUCAAUACACAGAGAACAUCGAGUCCAUCAAGGCUUUAUUGCCAUCAAUGCUAUUCUAUGUAAUCACUGCGUCAUUUGGAGUAUACGUGACAAUAGUGGUAUACUUGCGAUAUUGGAAAGAUGAAGAGAUGAGAGCGCAUCGAAUGGUGGUCGAAGCGUAUAUACAGGUAAGUGAAGACGAGCGAAUUACAGCAUCAGAAGAAUAGUACAGUAGAGGGCCGGAUUCAGUUACGAAAAACGUACCUUUUUGCAUCAGGGAAGCAUUAAAAAUGUGGCAAAAUGCUUCCCUCUCCAGGUGAAAAAUCUUCGUUUUGAAGGGCGCGCCCUUUCCCUCACAAAAAGUGCCGGCACGCUUUUGAAAUCGGAGUCUUUCACUUGGAAGUGGAGGUAUUUUGCCACAUUUUUGAUACUUCCGGGAUGUAAAAUGAUACGUUUUUUGCCACUGGAUCAGGUCCGCUACUGUACAGUCAAAAUAUUGAAAAAUAAAAUUUCUACCAAUAAUUCUCUUUCAGAUUCUCCAUGUGGUUGCUCAACUAUAUGCAAUUGCGACAAUGUCCUACUUCCUGUUGUCCUUCCGACCACUCAGAGCUGAAGUUUAUCACGAUCUUCACUCCUUGUGCCCUAAAAUGGUCAUAGAACCGGAGGAUGCAGAAAAGAGGGCGGAUGCCGUCCGGAAAACAGAAAAUGUUGACUACUUCACAUUACUCAGUAAAACAUGGCAGUAA